AAGUCACUUGGCUCUGUCAUAACCUCACAUGGUCUCUCCUAUCAUUGCUAUGCAGACGACACACAAUUAAUCUUCUCCUUUCCCCCUUCUGAUGACCAGGUGGCGAAUCGCAUCUCUGCAUGUCUGGCAGACAUAUCAGUGUGGAUGACGGAUCACCACCUCAAGCUGAACCUCGGCAAGACGGAGCUGCUCUUCCUCCCGGGGAAGGACUGCCCGUUCCAUGAUCUCGCCAUCACGGUUGACAACUCCAUUGUGUCCUCCUCCCAGAGCGCUAAGAACCUUGGUGUGAUCCUGGACAACACCCUGUCGUUCUCAACUAACAUCAAGGCGGUGGCCCGUUCCUGUAGGUUCAUGCUCUACAACAUUCGCAGAGUACGACCCUGCCUCACACAGGAAGCGGCGCAGGUCCUAAUCCAGGCACUUGUCAUCUCCCGUCUGGAUUACUGCAACUCGCUGUUGGCUGGGCUCCCUGCCUGUGCCAUUAAACCCCUACAACUCAUCCAGAACGCCGCAGCCCGUCUGGUAUUCAACCUUCCCAAGUUCUCUCACGUCACCCCGCUCCUCCGCUCUCUCCACUGGCUUCCAGUUGAAGCUCGCAUCCGCUACAAGACCAUGGUGCUUGCCUACGGAGCUGUGAGGGGAACGGCACCUCAGUACCUCCAGGCUCUGAUCAGGCCCUACACCCAAACAAGGGCACUGCGUUCAUCCACCUCUGGCCUGCUCGCCUCCCUACCACUGAGGAAGUACAGUUCCCGCUCAGCCCAGUCAAAACUGUUCGCUGCUCUGGAAUGA